AUGCCCUUCAAGCUUGAGGCCCAGAUUGCCGAGCCCGUGAUAUGGACGCGUGCUGUUUACGCGUUGUCUACCAUCUCCGACACCAUCAAGUUCACCUUGCGCGAGUCGGACGGCGACUACGAGAUCAAUCUGACUGCCAUCAACACCAGCAAGACCAGUUCGCUCACUUGCACUUUUAAGCACGAUUUUUUCCAAUCGCUAACCGUCGAAGGCGAGGUGCCUGUGCUGGAGUCGAUCCAGACGUUCAGCUUUCUCAUCAACAGCAAAACAAUGAACGUGUGCUUUAAAGACUGCGAAAAUGCUCGGGAACUGAAACUUCUGGUGAUCCACGAGGGAUUCGAGGACUCUACACAUAUCUUCAGCAAUAAGCUGUUUGUGGAGUCGCUGAGCACCAAUGGGGUCACCAAGAACUACUCGCUUAUGUUCAGACCCGGGUUCUCGUCGCACGACCUCAAGAUCAGCCAUGUCUAUAGAAAACUGCUCCGGUCACAAGACCGCGGGUCACAUGACUACACAGAGCACGACAAAGUGCAUCUACUGGUGAUGGAGAUCCGCGUGCUGAAGAAGUUCCUGGGCAUGUUUGGCCACGGACUCGAGGACUUCAAGGUGGAGCUGUACCCGGAGGCGCGCAAGAUCCUGUUGCACGGGUACAAUCGGCAGGAGCUGCUGAGUCGCCAGAACACGUCGUGGGCGUCGCAGCCGAUGAGUUUGUCGAUGCAGCUGAGUCUGAACGACAUCACCGAGGACAACUGCGCAGAGGGCGACGACAAGAGCUCUGCAUCGUUCCGGCUACGCGAUUUCCGGACCUUUGUGCAGCUGUCAGGAGCAGACGCGGGCGAUUGCUCCAUCAUCUACAGCUACGCGGGGUCGCCUGUUGUUUUCGAGAAGGUGCACACGCGCAGCGAGAAGGCGCGCACCCCGGUGUGUGUUGUUACGCUCACCAUGAUCGGAGACGGCGAGUCGAUCGACGCGACGCAGCUGCGGGAGCGCGACGACAACGUCAAGUCUGUGGACACGCUGUUUGUGUCUGAGUCCGGUGGGCAGGAGCACGAGCCGGCCCAGUACGAGGACAGUGCCACACAGAACCCCGAGGAGACUGGGUUGAACCAGAUAUUCUGGGAGAACCAGAAGUACCACAGAGCAACAAAGCACUCCGCGGCGACCCCAGCCAGUCAAGCCGGUCCACCUGCCCCAGCACAAAUGCCCGACAUCGACCCGGCCCAUCUGGAGCCUACACAGGUGCCUGUUGCGAAAGGUCUAUUUGACUAG